AUGACGAAGAUCGCUGCCAUCACAGUCCUCGCUGUCCUAUUCACCUCCUCCAAAGCAUUCUCUAUCGGUGCUCUUCCGGCCACCAUAACAGCUGGAGAAGGGGAGUUACUUACAUGGGUGCGAAACCCGGUUGAACCAACAAGCUUUCAACUCGCAACUGGGACAUUAGCGCUGGAAAGGAUCGACGCUACGGUUUCAGUGGGGACAGGGGAGACUCAGGGCACUUUACCAGUGACCUUCAAAGCUCCACGACGAGUGACUCUCGUUGCGUACGACCUCCACCUUGAGGUGCGGCUAGGUCAUCAAGCGUAA